AUGACCGGUACAAUACGGUUUUAUAUAUCGUUAUUUCUGAACUAUUUAUUGGACCAUUAUGACUAUGAAUGCUUGGUUCUAAUUUGUAAGCUAUUAUGGAUCUAUAAAAUAGAUAAGGAAACUAGGUAUAUCCUUAUGGCUUUAAUACGGAAGCUGAUAUCUCCUGAGUCUGUAAACAAGAAAUCACAUGGGGAUAAUAGUACUUUGGAUAAUAGUACUUUGGACAAUAGCACUUUAGACAAUAGCACUUUAGUAGACAAUAGUUCUUCUGGCAAAGAUUCAUUUGGUGAUAUAGUGCUGCGAAUAGGUAAUGGGGAAGCAAGUAAGCUGCCAGGCAAGAUGAUCAAAAGUUACGAAUCAUUGUUGCCGAUGCUGGCUACCAUAUUAGAAAGCAAAUUUAAGAGUAUUCCUAUGGACCCAUUGCAUUGUUUAAUGCACAUAGAUGGGUUGAAUUAUUCGGAUAUCUACGCUUUGCUAGAAUGUGAUCAUAUUGGUACACCGAGUACUACCAACCGUGGUGGUCGUAUGAUUAAUGAGAUUAUAUCAUACAUAAGUAAGCAUGGUCGCCCGGGAUCUCGAAAGAUUCAAAGCGUUAAGAUAAACAGAUUAAUUCAAUACCUAUUGAUAUUAUUGAAGAAUGAAAAGUCAUGGUACUCUCAGAACUUUGCGUAUUCUCGAGAGGUUAACUUUAACAUUUAUGGUGUCUGUCUUAUGGUACUAUCCGACUAUCUCUUACCUAAUCUUCAUCUCAUUCAUGUAGCUACCGGAUUCUAUGAAAUCAAGAAAGCUUUGUGCGAAUCGAGCACAUCGAUGCCAAGCACAUCGAUGUCGAGCACAUCGAUGUCAAGCACAUCGAUGUCAGCUUACAACCAGAUUUUGAACAUUAUAAAUUCAAAUGAGAUCGACGGUUUGAAUAAUCGUCUAUACAAACAGGUUUAUCAGGUUGCCAAAGUAGGUCAUUGUUACGAGAUCUUAAAAGAGUGUACUUUAUGUAUGGCUAAAGAGCUCGGAUGUUACCAUAUCAUUAAUGGGUUUGUCAAUAGUCUUACACUACUACCUCAUAUAUAUCAACAUGUAUUGACUACUCUACUAUUACAAUAUCUUAAAGAAAACCAUAACUCUGAUGGUCCUGUUGUAAAAAAAAUUAAUAUGUACUUUACAGAAAUACUCCAGACUCGUCUUACAGCAGAAGAAAAAUCCUCCUCAUUCGUUAUCGAAAGUUUAAAGACAAUACAAUCAAUAAUUAUCGAUGCUAUUGAAGCAUGUAGACAUGCCUAUGGAACCCAUCACCCCUUCUUUGAUCUACAGGAUAUCCAUCUAUUGAUUCAUGUUUCUAUCGAAAACGGUUACAAGCAUAAAGCACAAUUACUUUGUGAACAAUAUUUAUCACAACGAUUCUACACAUCAUUCCCUCCAACAUAUUUCUCCGACUUCAAAAACAACAAGUCGCCGGAACUCGACAUCUACAUGCACGAUAACGAGGAUGUGAUUCAAAUAUAUGAAACAUGUACCAUGCUUUCUAAUAGUAACUCUUACGAAGAAAUCUGGUUGUCAUCACUAGAGAAUUAUUGCGACUCCGUUUACGAUAGACUCAAGGUCGUGAAGGAUCCAGCAAACCAUAAUAGGAAAAUGCAUGAAGCCGAAACAUCAAGACUGACCCAAUUGUGCGGAACAUUAUGUGCUGAGAAUAUACUCAAGCUGAAAGACUGGAGCGGGAUAGUAUGUAUAUGGGAUUCCGUUUAUACACUACCAAGUCAACUCCUAUGCCACCGAUACCAAAAUUCUGACGGGAUCCUUGAUGAUGAACAAACCAGGAUGGACUCGGGAGCAGGAUGGACACUGAUGGAUUGUGAUGCAGAAGUCGUCGCCGCGGCUGUCGGGGAUGACGGACAUCGUCAAUGCCAUAGAUGUGAACUGUGCGUGUGUGAUUGUCUUUGCAAUUGCCCGUUUGCGAAUGAUAGACAAGCGUUAUCUCAACAUCAUGUCAUCAAUACAAAAGAAAAUCGAUAUAAAGUGGGUAAACAAUUGAGACUAAUUGACGCACUGGGAAGCCUUGGACAGAGUGCGGCGGUUAGCGUCCCUUUGGAGUCAAUAAGAUUGGACCUACUUAAACAAAAAUUCAAUUCAAACACAUUAGUUAGUCAAUGGAUAUCUGCUCAUACCGAGAAAGAGAGCAAGCCAUAUCUGUUAAAAUCGCUGGUGCAGAGCGUUUCAGAAAUAUUCGAUUUAGACAUAAGUAUUACAAAUGAAGAUCUUGAAAAUUCUGUUAAUCACACGCGUGUGCUGAAUGGAAAUAAUUGUAUUCUAUCAACUGAUGACUUUCAGCAGUCCGAGGACUUCAAAAAACUUACUUCUGUAUCCCUCGAUUUUAGAUCGCUAGAGAAAAUAGAUCACGUUGACCAGAAUUAUUACGAAAUUAUAAGCUCAGUGGAUAGCUAUCCCAGCGACUGUUUCUUCCGUCUCGAUUUUGCGCACAAAUUGUAUUCCAUUAUACAUGAGGAGAUGUAUGAAAGAACGGUGGAUGAGAGGUCUAGAGGUACAGCUGUGGAUCAUUCGCGGUCUGAAGUGGAGCAGAAAUUGGGUGAAAAUAGAUUUGGCGAAAGAGAACGAGCAGCACUAGAGUUAUGGGAAUCGCCCCUGAAUAGUGUUACCAAGGUGUCCCUAUGCGAAUUGUUUAAUCGCUGUCUGGAGGAAUAUUUGGUGUGUGCAAGUUUAGAUGAUACCAUCAGUUCGACUUGUAUUUUAAGAUGGUUGUGUUUGCUGUGUGGGCUAGCAACGCAUAGUCCAAUUGGGAGUCAUAAGAGCCGGCCACGGGUCGUCAUUGACGAGCUCUGUAUAGUCCGUAAGGAGUUGCUGGGUCGAUUGUGCUCGAUGAAUUAUGAUUUAAUCCAGAAAGUACCGAUCCGAGUUUGGUUUAGUGUUCUGCCACAGUUGGUUUGUCGUUGCUCUGUUGACGUUGUGGGACCGACGAUAUGUGUGCCUUUGAUAGCUUCCUUAUUGAUGCUGGUACCUCAUCAAACAACGUGGUAUAUUGCCCAAUUAUGGUCUUCCGUGCGCCCGGCGUUCAGAAGGGCUGCUAAAGCAAUUCUGGAGUCGGUAGCCGUUAUGCAGAUGAUAUUAAAGAAGACGCCAAAAGCAACUAUCACCAACAAGGCUGGCAAACUGAUUGGAGCGGAGCAGCGGACGGAUGAUCAAGGACCAGUCUUGAGAACCCCGGUUACAAGGGCCCGAGCACGGGCCGACUUAUGUUCGACAGCAAUAUCUACGACUGCAAUGGUAAGUAGUGCGCAAGCAACCAACGCUUUGAUGGGGCAAGGAAUCAGUGGGUUCUCAAGUGAAGGAGGCCAGUCAGCCGGCGCCGUCUCAGGGCUACCAGUCAGCGGGGUAUCAUUGGAGCAUUACCUCAUGACGAGCGUAGGUACGACAGUACGCGUGGGCGAUGUGUGGUCAAAAAUGACGCAGUUCACUGACCUAUUAAUUCAAGCGGCCGAGGACAUGAAAACCAUGCCAGGAGAUUGUAGCGUGAAGUUGCAAUACCCCAACAUAUACAACUUCAACUUUAAUCGCACCAUUCUAGUCCCAAGUCGUCAAAAUUUGUGGUUGCUAAACAAAGUCGUUCCGAAAACCUACAUUCAAUGUUGGCGCCAAAAGUUCAUCAACAGAACAUGUUCCACGAUCGCCAGCAUGUAUACCAGUCCUAGCAAAGUAAUCACCUCGUUUCCUUUGCCACUUGUGCAUCAGCUGGGUGCCAAUAGUAACGCAGGUUUUGACCAUAAUUCCGAAAUUUGGUUAGAUAGUAUAAAUAACCGUAUGACGGUAUUUAGAUCUAAGCAGAAGCCGAAGAAGAUAAGCAUGAUUGGUAGCGAUGGUAACAUUUAUCAGAUUCUACUCAAGUUCGAAAAUCGCGGAGAUAUACGCAAGGAUGCACGUGUUCAAGAGCUAGCGCAUUUCAUUAAUGAGAGACUUCCCAACGAAAUUACACAGAACGUUACCUUCAUCGUUCUUUGUUUGAAGGAACUUAGUGGGCUUAUUGAGUGGGUCCCGGGGACACAAACUCUAAAGGAUUCAAUCGGUUCUUGUACCACGCAUACACCACUACCAGGAGUUGGCGCAGCUGGUGGCGCAGAGAAGGUGAGGCUACAAUUUCGAGAUCGUCCGAAACAAAGUGAGUACCAUAUUGUUUUGAGGAACUAUGUCGAGAUUGGAUUGAUGAAGAAUCCUCCUGUUCUGCAUCAAUGGUAUCUGAAAAUGUUUGGACACACGGCUUCCAUGUGGAUUACUGCCCGAAUACAUUUUAUUCACACACUCGCGGUAUGGAAUUGCUUGGGCUACAUACUGGGCUUGGGCGAUCGACAUACAGAAAAUAUUUUGCUGUCGAGCAUAACCGGCCAAGUUAUACAUGUGGACUUCGAUUGCCUUUUUGACAAAGGCAUGACCAAAUUGAAAAUACCAGAAAUCGUACCAUUUAGGUUGACUCCAAAUCUUGUAACUGUAUGCGGAUGUUCAUUCCACGCCUUACGAAACACUAUGGUUCAAAUUAUGGAUGCCAUGACCUACACAUGCUCCUCCGGACCACAUCCUCGAGCACCAGUCGGCCGAGCACCAGUCGGCCGAGCACCAGUCGGCCGAGCAGCAAUCGGCCGAGCAGCAAUCGGUACAGGCACAGGCCUGCGACAGGGUGCCUGGUCCACGCUGGACACCCCAAUGGCAGGAUCACGUGGAGAUGACAGGCUCUGCAUGGAUAUCCUAUCCAUAUUACAGUCCUUCGUCUCUGACCCUUCCGUUGAAUGGGAUGGAGAGACGACACUUGAACUACUGAAACAGGUGCAAUGGAAACUACAGGGAAAGCUCAAUUGCAGUUGUCCGUAUACACAUCUAUGCCAACAAAACCCUAAGAGCGACAAGUACAAAAUUGCAAUCAAAUGUUCCCGACCAGAUAUACUGCCUGUAUGGUCACACAGGAAACUGUCCUCAGACGUUUUCGUGGACCUCCUUAUAGCUUCCGCCAGAGAUAAACUCAACCUCGCCCUUAUGUAUUUUGGAUGGUCACCCUGGAUCUAA